AUGCUUUGCCAAAAUGACUGCCAGCGCAGACAGCCCUGCCUCCCUCCUAACAUCGUCUUCUUGAGGAACUUGCCCGUGAAUAGAAGCGUUGGUCCUGCCAGCACCGUCUGUAACAUCGAGUGCUUGCCCCGCUGCACGGAUCCCUGCUACUAUGCCAGGGUUCCUCGGGGCACCACCACAUACAUAAACCUGUCUAAUCUUGGCAGGAGACAGAUUUCCCUGGAUCCGUGCUGGUUCGGAAUCCCCACGUGUGUGGAUCCCUGCUGCCAGGACCAGAACAGGUGCACUACCAGGUGUGUGGAUCCCUGCUGUCAGGACGUGACCAAGUGCACCACCACAUGUGUGGAUCCCUGCUGUCAGGAUGUGACCAAGUGCACCACCACAUGUGUAGAUCCAUGCUGUCAGGAUGUGACCAAGUGCACCACCAGAUGCGUAGAUCCCUGCUGUGAGGAGGUGACCAAGUGCACCACCACAUGUGUGGAUCCGUGCUGCAAGGAAGUGACCAAGUGCACCACCACGUGUGUAGAUCCCUGCUGUGAGGAAGUGACCAAGUGCACCACCAGAUGUGUAGAUCCCUGCUGUGAGGAAGUGACCAAGUGCACCACCAAAUGUGUGGAUCCGUGUUGCAAGGAAGUGACCAAAUGUACCACUAGAUGUGUGGAUCCAUGCUGUGAGGAAGUAACCAAGUGCACCACCAGAUGCGUGGACCCAUGCUGCAAAGAAGUGACCAAGUGUACCACCAGAUGCGUGGACCCAUGCUGCAAGGAAGUAACCAAGUGCACCACCAGAUGCGUGGACCCAUGCUGCAAGGAAGUAACCAAGUGCACCACCAGAUGCGUGGAUCCAUGCUGCGAGGAAGUGACCAAGUGUACCACCAGGUGUGUGGAUCCCUGCUGUGAGGAAGUGACCAAGUGUACCACCAGGUGUGUAGAUCCCUGCUGUAGACCUGUGACCAAGUGUACCACCACAUGUGUGGACCCAUGUUAUGGCAGAUAUACCAAGUGUACCACCAGGUGUGUGGAUCCCUGCUGUGGAGGUGUGACCAGAUGCACCACCAGAUGUGUGGACCCAUGCUGCAAGGAAGUGACCAAGUGCACCACCACAUGUGUGGAUCCAUGCUGUGAGGAAGUAACCAAGUGCACCACCAGAUGUGUGGAUCCAUGCUGCAAGGAAGUGACCAAGUGUACCACCAGGUGUGUGGAUCCCUGCUGUGAGGAAGUGACCAAGUGUACCACCAGGUGUGUAGAUCCCUGCUGCAGACCUGUGACCAAGUGUACCACCACAUGCGUGGACCCAUGUUAUGGCAGAUAUACCAAGUGUACCACCAGGUGUGUGGAUCCCUGCUGUGGAGGUGUGACCAGAUGCACCACCAGAUGUGUAGAUCCCUGCUGUGAGGAAGUGACCAAGUGUACCACUAGAUGUGUGGAUCCGUGCUGCAAGGAAGUAACCAAGUGUACCACUAGAUGUGUGGAUCCGUGCUGUGAGGAAGUGACCAAGUGUACCACCAGAUGUGUGGACCCGUGCUGCAAGGAAGUGACCAAGUGUACUACCAGGUGUGUGGAUCCCUGCUGCAGACCUGUGACCAAGUGUACCACCACAUGCGUGGACCCAUGUUAUGGCAGAUAUACCAAGUGCACCACCAGGUGUGUGGAUCCCUGCUGUGGAGGUGUGACCAGAUGCACCACCAGAUGUGUAGAUCCCUGCUGUGAGGAGGUGACCAAGUGCACCACCACGUGUGUGGAUCCGUGCUGCAAGGAAGUGACCAAGUGUACCACCAGGUGUGUGGAUCCCUGCUGUGAGGAGGUGACCAAGUGCACCACCAGGUGUGUGGAUCCCUGCUGUGGAGGUGUGACCAGAUGCACUACCAGAUGUGUAGAUCCCUGCUGUGAGGAAGUGACCAAGUGCACCACCAGAUGUGUUGAUCCGUGCUGCAAGGAAGUGACCAAGUGUACCACCACGUGUGUGGAUCCCUGCUGUGAGGAAGUGACCAAGUGCACCACCAGAUGUGUAGAUCCCUGCUGUGGGGAUGUGACCAGAUGCACCACCACGUGUGUGGAUCCCUGCUGUGCACCCUGCUUUAUGCAGCCCACCCCUCUGUGUGCCAGUGUCUGCGGCAAGCAGUACUCCAUCAGCUGUGCCGAUAUCUGUUUUCGUAAGUGAGGGCUCCCUGAGCAGCUGUGUGCAGGGGGCUCCUGCAGUGGGAGCCACCAGAUGACCCCUCUGAGGUUCCUCUGCUCUGUGGUUUCCCCAACAGCUAUGGAAUGAAAACGGUUUGCAGACCCCUGAACCCGUCGACGUCUUCCUCACCUUUCGGCUUCCCUUCUGCCCUUCCUCUCCUAGGAAGGGUAGACCCACACAUGGUUUUCCUUGCAUUCUGCAUCGUUUCUAAUGUAUUUAUCUAAAGCGCAAUGCCUUUCCUUGUAACACAGAACCACUUGAUUUUGUGCCCCCAGGAUUAUUGCCUGGGAGAGGGAUUCUGUAAUUCUUUUCUGCACUGAUGUGGAUGGAGGAAUUUCCCUGUUUGUUCUUCCUCACCAUCUUUUCCUUUUCUUGUA